AUGAGGAAGUGUGUGGAGCUGGUACAAAGAGCAAUGUGGUGCACUAGUCCUAAUCCAAUGGUAGGUUGUGUCACUGUUAAAGACGGCAAGAUUGUUGGCCAAGGCUUUCAUCCUAAAGCUGGUCAGCCCCAUGCUGAGGUGUUUGCUCUUCGAGAUGCUGGAGAGUUAGCCGAGAAUGUCACUGCUUAUGUUAGCUUAGAACCAUGUAACCACUACGGGAGAACACCGCCCUGCACUGAAGCACUGAUCAACGUUAAGGUGAAAAGAGUUGUAGUUGGAAUGGUUGAUCCAAACCCAAUCGUUUCUUCUUCAAGUAUCAGCCAUUUGAAAGAUGCUGGAAUCGAUGUCAUUGUUGGUGUUGAGGAAGAUUUAUGCAAGAAGAUGAACGAUGGAUUCAUCCAUCAGAUGUUAGCAUGAAAGCCUUUUCUCUCCUUCAGGUGGUCUAUAUCUGUCAAUGGUUGUUUUCUUGACAAGAUGGGAGAAAGAGCUUUGGAUACUGGUGGACACUACUCAAAGCUAUUACAAAAAUAUGACGCCAUAAUACUAUCUUCCUCGUUAGCUGAUGAACUCUCGAGCAUUUCCUCACAAGAAGAAACUGAUGUUUCGAUCCAACCUAUUCAAAUCAUAGUAGCUAGCAAUGCACAUCAGUCUCCUAUCCUUGCUUCUUCCAACACCGAUCCUAAAGUUAUACUGUUCACCAAAAAGGAGCUUGAUGCAUACUCAGAAACCAGCUAUGGUGGAGUGGAAAUUGUGGUGUUGGAGGAUAUAAAUUUGGAUUCCAUCUUGGAUUACUGUUAUGAUCGUGGACUAUGCAGUGUCUUGUUGGAUUUAAGGGGAGACAUCAAAGACCUUGAAGUGCUUUUUAGAGAUGGGUUUGAGCAGAGACUGUUGCAGAAGAUAGUGGUUGAGGUUUUGCCGGAAUGGUGCGCGAGAGAUGAGAGAUAGGUUGCGUCUAUGAACUGGUUAGAAUCAGUAGCUUUGAGAGAUUUGUUGUCAAAGCAAUUAGGUGAUAGCGUUUUGCUAAAGUGA